AUGAGUUACGGCGGUGAUCGCUAUCAAGGCGGCGGCGGGGGCUACGGUGGUGGAGGAGGGGGCGGGGGCUAUGGUGGGGGCCAGGGCCAGGGAGGCGAGGCUGGUGGCUACUACGAUCAAGGCAACCGAUUUGAUGACAAUUCCCGUCGAGACGAUCGCCGAGAUGAUCGCCGAGACGACCGCAGAGACAACUACGGUGGCGGCCGCGACGACUAUGGAAGGCAAGGUGGCGGACAAGGGGGCUAUGACGGUGGUGGACAAGGUGGUUAUGGUGGUGGCGGACAAGGCGGCUACGACCGACCUUCUGGCGGCUCUGGCGGGUACGGACGCAAUGACAACUAUGACCGGCCAAGCGGUGGUUCUGGCGGGUAUGGAGGUGGGCAAGGUGGUCGCGAUGAUGACUAUGAUCGCCGCUUCAAUCAAGGCGGUGGUCGUAAUGAUGACCGCUAUGGCGGUGGCUCAUCUGGUGGCUAUGGUGGUGGUCAGUCGACAGGACGAUAUGGCGAGCAAGGCAAACCCUACUCUGGUCCUCAGUCUGGUCAGGAAUCGACACCUUACGACGCCCCUUCCUCUGGGUAUGAUGGCCCGCACCGUCCUCAGCAGUCCGGCGGUCACGGUGGACGACCAAACUUCGAUGACGAUGAGGUGAUGGGCAAUGCCGAGAAGGACGACGACAAGAGUUUCUUUAGCUCUGCAUUAUCUUUUUUGAAGGGUCGCAAGGAUGAUGAUGACGACGAUGUCGAUGAAGGGCGCAUGCAGAAGCAGCACGACAAGAUCUACGAUGGUCGACCUGAAAGCAACCAGGACUCCAACUCGCUGGGCGCAGCUGCAGCCAUGCACGCCUUUCAAAUGUUCACUGGUGGAGAUAGCAAGAAGUCAUCUGGCAGUGGUGGUGGUCAGAAUCAGCUGUUGGGCAUGGCCUUCAAAGAGGCGUCGAAGCUGUUCGAGCAGCAGAACUCGCAAGGCAACGUUCAAUCCGGUGUUGACAAGCAGAGCGUCAUCAACGCGGCAGGUAAGCAGGUCCUCAAGCUGUAUCUCAAAAACCAGCCAGGUGGUGGUGGAAUUAUGGGAUUGGCCUCGAAAUUUAUCAAGUAG